AUGGCACAAACUUAUAGCCAGCAGCAGCCAAUGCAACAGUCUCAAAUACCAGAAUAUACCUUACCGGGCGUGCUUCGUUUUCUCCAAUUAGAAUGGAGGCGCUACGAGCGAGACAGAAAUGAAUGGGAGAUUGAGCGUGCCGAAAUGAAG